AUGGGAUCUUCCCCCGAUCCGGGCGAGUUGAUUGAGUUUCCUCAGCCGAGUUUCGAUGAGUUUCAGAGGCAGACGUCACUGAUGACGAGCUGCAAUCUUCUGUGGAAGGAGCUCUCGGAGCAUUUCACUUCGAUGGAGCAGAGCCUGAUGAAGAAAUCGGAGGCUCUGAAACAGAUGAUCGAAACCCUAGACCAUCAGACGCAGACAUCGAUCGAGCUACUCAAGCAUCGUGAGGUCUCUAUAGACCACAGCGUCGAGAUCGCGGCGGCGAAAGCCGAUGAGCGAGCUCGAGCCGCUCUGGAAUCGCUCGAGAAAGCUAGAGACAUCGGCUCAAACGCCGACGACGACGACGGUGAGGUCGACGACGGCGACGGGCUUCUCUCUGCACUGAAAUCGCUCUGCCUGAAGAUGGACGCAAGAGGAUUCUGGGGAUUUGUGAUCGCGCGGAAGAAGCAACUGGAGAAUCUCCGGUCAAAGAUUCCGGUGGCGCUAGUGGAUUGCGUGGAUCCGCCGAAAUUAGUACUCGAAGCCGUGUCUGAGGUUUUUCCGGUGGACAAAAGAGGCGUUGAAGGCGCCGGAGAGAAAGCAACCAACGAUUUCGGGUGGGCUUGCGUGGUGAUUCUUGAGAGCUUGAUACCAGUAAUUGUCGAUCCAGUGAUUGGGAAAUCUCGGAUGCUUUUAACACCUAGCGUCAGGGAGAAGGCUAAAGAGAUCGCUGAGACGUGGAAGGCGAGCUUGGAGGAGAGAGGAGGGAUAGAGAACGUGAAGACACCUGAUGUUCAUACGUUUCUUCAGCAUCUUGUGACUUUUGGAAUUGUGAAAAAGGAAGAUCUUGCUCUGUAUAGGAAGCUUGUGGUUGGAUCCGCUUGGCGUAAACAGAUGCCAAAGCUUGCUGUUUCAGUUGGUUUGGGUGACCAAAUGCCUGAGAUGAUUGAGGAGUUAAUCAUCAGAGGACAACAGCUUGAUGCUGUUCAUUUCACGUUCGAAGUGGGUCUUGUACACAAGUUCCCUCCUGUUCCUCUGCUCAAAGCUUAUCUUAGGGAUGCAAAGAAAGCAACAUCUUUAAUCACAGAGGACCCCAACAAUCCCGGACGAGCUGCGCAUCUUGUGGCGCGGAAGGAGCAGUCAGCGUUAAGAGCAGUGUUAAAGUGCAUAGAAGAAUACAAACUCGAGGAACAAUUCCCGCCGGAGAAUCUCAAGAAACGGUUGGAUCAGCUGCUAGAGAAGACGAAGACGGAGAAGAGGAAACCAGUAGCGGUUCCGGCCAACAAGAGAACCCGAGCAAGCUACAACGGUCCAAUGCCACCAGCCAAAGCAGGGCGUAUCACAAACGCGUACGUCUCCUCCUUCCCACCGCCACCACCUACAUUCAUCAGAUCACCGAGCCAUUCUCCUCAGUACGGUGUACCGGCAUACAACACACCCCCACCUUCCAUCUACAGCAACAGGAGUCCACCGUACCAAUACUCACCCGAGGCGGUUCAUGGGACGUACCAAGCUUCUCCGGUUAGUUAUUCGGUUCCUUAUGGUGGCUACUGCAGUCCGGUGGCUCCUCCGGUUUACCAUCCUCACCCACACCACCAACACCAACACCAUAUUCAGCAUGCUUACUACUGA